AUGAAAGUGCUCAACAUCUGUCUCCUGGUCGUGGCCUCCGCCAGCUUCCUCCUGACCACCGCCAACGCCAAUGCCGUGGGUGCCUUCGAGGACUUCGAGGCCUACACCGAUGCCGAGCUCGAGGAGCUCUACGCCGAGGAGAUAAUGGCAUUGGAGGAUGAGUUCAUGGGCAUCGAGCAGUUCGGCUUCAUUUCGUCGUGCCGCAAGGUUCUGGUGGCUGGCUACAAGGGCAUCAACGGCACCAAGUGCAUCAUCGAGGAGGUGGCCAAUGUGCUGCUCACCUGCACCGGCUACGUGGACGACUUGGCCACCUGCACCGGCAACAUUCCCAAGGACGUGCAGGCCAUGCUCAACAAUGCCAAGCAGAUGAUCGUCACCAGCAACAAGAUCCUCAACUUGAGGUCCGAACUGUGCGCCGCCAAGACCACCGACACCACCACCACCACCACCAGGGGCGUCGUCUCCUCCACCAAGAGCUUCGCACGCUGCACCCUGAAGGCCUUCUGCGCCACCAUGUCCCUGGUCCGCCGCAUGAACACGAUGAUCAAGCAGGGCGCCGCUCUGCCCUUCAACACCUCCUCCUGCUACGUGGAUGCCACCAAGAAGGUGGUCGAUGGCUGCAACGCCUUCGUGCCCAACAUCAAUGUCUGCAUCGCCAGCAUGACAUAA